CUCCUCCUCCUCUCUGUCUCCCCCUGACUGGAGUCCCACUGAGCGGCUCUCAAACUUCAGUGUCGAGCCUGAAAGCGGGGAACGAAGAGCAGGAGCCGACAGACAGACAGACAUGAGCCGCAGCUAAACGGCGUUUUUGAAGAAGUGUCACUUUGUUACCUGAUUUAAUGAACGCCUCGAGGACUUACGGUCACCUCUCGGUGUGAGAUUCUGAUGGUUUUUCCUCCAUUGUUGGUCGAAGUUUUCGACUGUCUUAGUAACGGACCUUCAUCUUGUCUAUCUGUGGGAUUAAUCGUUUUGAUUCAGGACUUAUCAGCCGAAUUCAACACUCAUCUACUUCUUGUGUGAGACUGUCAAAGGAGUGUUUUUCUGGAGCUAACAUUAAGACCUGAUCUCGCUAUGGGGAACCAGCGGGGCUCUCUCUGAAACCGACCCCUGUGUUUGUGACUCUUUCAUGCUCUAUUUCAGAGGACAGAGUCGAGUUUUUGACUUAAAAAAUGAGCAUGGAUGGUUGUCCGCUGAAGGUAGCGGUUUUGUUGUGGUGCAUGCUGGUGAUUUCUGGCUCCAGCUUUGAAAUAGGCUCGUACGACCUGGAGCGUGGCAGACCAGCCAAGUGCGAGCCCAUCGUGAUCCCCAUGUGCCAGGGGAUCGGCUACAACCUGACCCGAAUGCCCAACUUCAUGGACCACGACGACCAGAAGGAGGCUGCCAUCAAGCUGAACGAGUUCGCUCCUCUGGUGGCUUACGGCUGUGAUGUGCACCUCCGUUUCUUCCUGUGCUCCCUCUACGCCCCCAUGUGCACGGACAAAGUGUCCACCUCCAUCCCCGCAUGUAGACCCAUGUGUGAGCAGGCCAGGGAGAGGUGUGCCCCCAUCAUGAAGAAGUUCAGCUACACCUGGCCGGACUCACUGGACUGCUCCAAGCUCCCUACCAGAAAUGACCCCAACGCUCUGUGCAUGGAAGCCCCUGAGAACGAAACCAGGACUGAGGUCAAAAAAGGUGAGGGCAUGCUUCCUGUUCCCCCUCGACCCAAGCCACCAGGUCCCAGCAGCGGGCGCCCCCCAGGCAGUGUGGGCUCCUGUGAGAACCCUGACAAGUUCCAGUUUGUGGAGAAGAGCCAGUCUUGUGCUCCUCGCUGCUCACCUGCCGUAGACGUGUUUUGGUCCAGGCAGGAUAAGGACUUUGCCUUUAUUUGGAUGACUGUGUGGUCCAUCCUGUGCUUCAUCUCCACUGCUUUCACAGUCCUGACCUUCCUCCUAGAGCCCCACCGCUUCCAGUACCCUGAACGCCCCAUCAUCUUCCUCUCUAUGUGCUACAAUGUGUACUCUGUGGCCUUCAUCAUCCGCUCUGUGGCCGGAGCUGAGAACAUCGCCUGCGACCGGGAGCAUGGCGAACUUUACAUCAUUCAGGAAGGACUGGAGUCUACAGGCUGCACCAUCGUAUUCCUCAUCCUUUACUACUUCGGCAUGGCCUCUUCUAUCUGGUGGGUCAUCCUCACCCUCACCUGGUUCCUGGCUGCGGGGAAGAAGUGGGGCCAUGAGGCUAUAGAAGCCCACAGCAACUACUUUCACAUGGCAGCUUGGGGCAUCCCCGCUUUGAAGACUAUUGUCAUCCUCACAAUGAGGAAGGUGGCCGGGGAUGAGCUGACGGGGCUGUGCUAUGUGGGCAGCAUGGACUCCGGGGCACUCACCGGCUUCGUCCUCAUCCCUCUCUCCUGCUACCUGAUCAUCGGCACCUCCUUCAUCCUCACCGGCUUUGUGGCUCUUUUUCACAUCCGCAAAGUGAUGAAGACAGAGGGCACCAACACAGAGAAGCUGGAGAAGCUCAUGGUGAAAAUCGGCAUCUACUCCAUCCUCUACACGGUGCCCGCCACAUGUGUCAUCGUCUGCUACUUCUAUGAAAGACUGAACAUGGACUACUGGAAGCUGAGGGGGCUGCAGAUGAAGUGCGGCUCGUUCAACGGCCUCAGCGGGGACUGCUCGCUGCAGACGUCCGUGCCCACUGUGGCUGUGUUCAUGCUGAAAAUCUUCAUGUCGCUGGUGGUGGGCAUCACCAGUGGGGUGUGGGUGUGGAGCUCUAAGACCCUGCAGACCUGGCAGGGCCUGUGCAGCAGGAAGCUGGCAGACAGGACUAGAAGCAGGAAGCCGUGCAGCGGAGUCAGCUGCGGCAGCACACACUGCCACUACAAAUCCCCUGCUGUGGUUCUACACAUGGCCAAGACUGACCUGCACUCAGACAACCCCACACAUGUUUGAGACAGAGCAUGACACCCACACACUCACACACACAGAGACACUAUCAAAUGCAGACACACACACACAAACACACACAUGCCCUGAGUAAGGAGCUGCUAAAGACUUUAUGAGAAGAACUGAACUGUCAGGUACUGCUCUGCUGCUGUCACAGGACACACAGGCAUCACUAGGAGAAACUAUCUAUAAACAGUAUUCAAUGCAUAAAGGGAUAUGUUCAGUAUUGUUCUAUAUUUUUCUGUUCAUAGUGUUCUGUGCAGUAGACAUGCCCAGUGUUUUGAAGCAAAAAAAAUAGAGACUGUUUUGGGAGGAAUCUUGGGAAAUAUUAGUCUUUUCUCCUCCUUCAAAGUGGCAUGAUAUCUGUAUAAAUCUGUAUAAAUGUUUUAUUUAAUGUAAAUAUAUUUAAUUUAAGGUUCACCUUAUCAGAUUUGUUGUUUAGAUGCAUUUAAGGAAGGUAAAGGGAAAUUAAGUGCCUUUUAUAAGAACUCUGGUUUUGGCCUUUUUUGGAGGAAAAUAAAUUUGUGGAAUACAUGUUCA